AUGGCCGAGCAGGAGCCCAGCCGUGCCUCUAAUCAGGCACAACCACAAACUCAAAACCGUCCCCAGAAUGAGGGUCAAGGACCAGCUUCAGGAUCUCGAGGAGGCUCACGUGGGGGACGUCGUAGGGGAAGAGGAGGGCGGAACCGUGGCCAGCGGCAGGAUGGCUCGGCACAGGAAUCUGGAGGACGUGGAAAUGCCUCCCAGACAGAUUCUGCCGAUGCCGCAGUCGCCACAGCACCCACAACUGCCCCUACAGGACCAGCAGCUUCCAACGCACCUGAAAGCUCAGGAAACUCUAGAAACAGACGCAAUAGAAGAGGCAACCGAGGGGGCGCCCGAGGUUCAGUUGAGCACGGGAGAGGUGUAUUCACAAUGGGGCCCCGACGACAAUUCGGUGGCCGGCUAACAACGAAUGAGCAACCACCAGACGCAGCUGACGAGGACGCAUCUUUGCGUGCUAAUGCCCCAGAAUUCGUCCCCGGACAGCCCGUACCCCAAAGAAGGAAUGGACAGCAACCCUCGGGUGCGGGUGAAUCCCAAGCUGCAGCCCAGCCUCGUUCAAGGGGUAAUCGUACGCGGAAUCGGAAGCAAGAUAGACCUCGUCAAGAGGUUCCCAAGUCUACUGCCUCUGAGCUCUGGCAACGAAUUCAGGAGGAUAUUGCUAAUUGGAACUACGAGUGUCGAAUCUGCACCGAAGAGGUCACCCGAAAAACCGAGGUUUGGUCUUGUGGCACCUGCUGGACUGUUGUUCAUCUUGAAUGUGCUCAUCAAUGGUGGGAUACUUCUAUGAAGAUCAAUGAAGAGAGCGUUCGUGCUGGUGUGGCAAAGAAACGAAUCCCAGUCGGAAUAGCAUCCUGCCCCCUCACUCUUGUGGGCAGACCUGCUCCAAACCUAGGUCGACAUGCUCCCAUCCAUGCACUCUCCAGUGUCACCCUGGCCCCUGCCCACCUUGCAACGUCCUUAGCCCACCGGAGCCGUGCUAUUGUGGAAAGAACUCUCAGCGAAAGAACUGUAGAGAUACAGAUUACUACAACGGAUGGAGCUGCAGAGAGAUUUGUGGCGACUUGCUUCCUUGCUCGCAACACGAAUGCUCUCAGAUAUGCCAUCCAGGACGACUUGUGCGAUUCAUACGAUGAUGCCAUCACCGUUGUGAACAGCUAUGUCACCGUGGAGCCUGCCAGAGCUGCCCAGAGGCCAUUUGGGAGGAAAUUCCCUGCGGCUGCGGCGCUACUGUUCUUCAUCCACCACAACCUUGUGGUACUCGUCAACCUUCUUGCACAAACAAGUGUCGACGACAGCCCAGCUGUGGACAUCCUCCCGUCGACCAUCAGUGCCACCCCGAUGAUGUGGACUGUCCACCAUGCGUGUAUCUCGUUGAAAAAACCUGUUUGUGCACGAAAACCACAUUCCAUAAUAAGCCGUGUCACCUUCAGCAAGUCCACUGCAGCAAGGUGUGCGGGCAGAAGUUGUCUUGCGGCCUCCAUACAUGCAAGAAACUAUGCCAUCGUUCUGGAGAGUGUGGAGAUGCACAGGAUGGCUGCGAACAGCUUUGCGGGAAGCCGAAGCCUCUUUGCGGUCACCCGUGCCAGAGUGUCUGUCAUGGUCAGACUGCUUGUAACGAAUCGACAGCCUGUCAGUAACCCAACUCCAAACCGCCCGGAACUUCGAUGCGACGAAGAAUGCGAACGCCUCGACCGGAAUCGUCGUCUUGCCGCAGCCCUUAACAUUGACCCGGCUUCCCAUACUAACGAUCACAUCCCUUUCUCCGAUGAUACUCUUAAGCUGUACAAGCAAUUCCCCAAAUGGGGCGAUGAGCAAGAGAGCCAAUUCCGUGUCUUUGCAGCCAACAAGGAUGAGGUUCGUCUGAGAUAUGAGCCUAUGAAGAACACUUCACGCCAGUUUCUUCACCUUCUUGCUAUUGACUUUGGCUUCGAGAGUAAGAGUGAGGACCACGACAUUCACCGAUCGGUUGUGGUCUGGAAGGCGGAUAAGUUCGUCUCGGCACCGCCAAAAACACUCUCUCAGUCUGUCAAGAUCCGAGCCGCACAAGCUGCGGAAGCUGCGGCGGCGGCAGCAAUUCGACCACCCAGCCCGCCAGUUUUGGAGACAGAGCCAUUCAAUGCGCUGGUACUCCUUGGGCCCCGUUUCGGAUUGACGAACGAUGAGGUCAACGCAGCUCUUGCACCGGACCUCUCAUCGCUACAGGGAUUCUCGUUCAAGGUUGACUUUCUCAACGAUGAAGUUCUUAUCAAGGCUACAGUGGCAUACUCAGCCUUCCUAACCCCUGCCCCCUUGGAGAAGGGCCUUGAAAUCCUCAAGCCUCGAAUUGAGCAGACGAUUCGACGUGAGAAGCUUGCCGAGAAUGUGUUGCUCUGCCAUUCAGAUGUCAACGGCGCCAUCACUCGUCGCGAGGUGCCACGCCGAGCUGGCGCUGGAGGAUGGAGCGCCGUGGCUGGACGCGCGGCGUCUAAACCAGGAUCAUCAUCCGCAGCCGAAGAAGAAGCUAAACCUGGGCGCAGACUACUUCUUGGACUCAAGAAGAAGAAACCACAGCCGGAGGCAGGAAAGGUGUGGGCUGCGCUCGACGGGGACGUUGAAUGUUGA